CAAACACUUACUAUCCAUUCUACAAAUACGACCAGAAUGGUGGCACUACAUAGAGCUGGGUUUUCACGACAUAGCCCAGUCAUGGCAUUAAGGUUCUUGUCUAACCCUCCUAGAAAGUCCUUUGUGUCUAGUAAAACCCCUUUUUCAUAUUGGUGGUUCGAGAAAGUGUCUGUGAACAUCAAAUACGGAUUUGGUUUAUUGGCAUCAGCCAUAGCAGUAGCCAAUGUUCAUCCCAACAUUCUAGUAACAGUGGGUCCACCGGUGGGUAUGGCUAGCUACUGGAUAUACGGCCGACUUGUAGAGAAGCAAUAUCAACUAGAAUCUAAGGUGAUUUUGCCGUUGACCUACGAUGAGUUGAUGAACGGAAAAAAUACCAUUGAAAUCAAUCAGUACGAUGAGGCAGAUGUGGAAAAUGUCUUGAAUGGUAUAGAGAACCAGUUUGACAGUUUCAGAGAACAGGUGCUCAAGCUUGUAGACAAACAUAUCAAAGAUUCAGUUCAGCAAGAUGACAAGCUCCUCUUGGAUACCAAUGGGCAAAUCAACUACAAGUUCGGGUCUAUCGAAAACUUCAUAGUACUGAAGGCCAAAGUACAAUUCGACGAGUUGAAAGAACCUCUAGAGUUUAUCAAAUUUGCUAUGCCUAUCAAGAUUCAAGGUGUGCGCAAAGGAGUUGUUGAAGUAUAUUUAUUGAAGUUACCAGAGCCAGAAGAGACUCCAGAUAAACCUAAGGUGGUGGAUAGUUACAAGAUGCGGUUGGCAAUAACACCAUAUCCUGCAGGGCCCACCAGAGUCUUGUAAAUAUAGUCCACUAUCUGUAAAGUCCAUAUUUAAAUAUAUUAGAAGAAGCUUCUCAACUGAUUAAAUUGACCAUACUGGUGACAAUUUGAGCUCUCGCUUAUACUCUCGAGUUGUGGCAUCCAAGAUUGUAUGUCAUGGAUUCUUUUGUUGGUGUUAGGGUGGGUAGAGAAGAACUCAUUCAACAUCAGAGUCCGAGCCUGGCCCAGUUGUUGCUCUUCAAAUGCAUGCAUUCUCUCCCAGAACCGUGGAAUCUGAUAUAUAUCAAAGCACGAACGGGCCAUCAACUCACAGCCAAUUCUAUCAGCUUCACUCUCCAUCUCUCGGGAGGCUGGCAUCGUGAGAAGCCCAGCAAUAAGUAAGUCAUUGAAUCCCGAGACUCCUGUAGCCAUAUAGAGAAGGGUAGAUAAUGCCAUAUAAACAGGUUGUUUACUGAGCUGCUCCAUAGAGUGGUGUGCCAACUGGUGGGACAACUCAUGUGAUAAUACGGUGGCAAUUCCGUUUGUAUCGUGGCAAAUAGGCAAUAUGGAUGAGAAGAUAAAUAUUUUGCCAUUGGGUAGAAUAAAUGCAUUGGGAGGUGUUUCCUUGGGAUUGACUUGAAUUACAUGGAUCUCCCAUUUCAAACUCUUCAAGUGUUCUAUCUGCUUAGGGUCUCUCAGGUUCUCAAAUGCUGCUUCAAGAAGUCUAUUAACAAUACCAGAUACUUUGGCAUAGAUGGGAUCGCUAUGAGGCACAAUUUGUUUCUUAUACUGAAGUAGAAUCUGCCGAUAACUCAUGUCACCAACCCGUUUUUCCAUCCAAUAAGGAACCCAUAAAAAUCUUCUUCUGUUUGUAAAUGGAGCCUCGUCCUGGUUAUAAACAUAAAAUGCUCCUAAUCCUAAAACCGUGUACAAGAGCGGUUUGGAAGAAACUAACCUGGAAAAGUCAUAAGAUUGGGAGUUUUCAAAGCGCUUGUAAGUAGCAUGUGAUCGUGGAGAUUGGGAAAAGGUCCUUAUGCAGUUCCUUGUUGCUAGAAACGACCUAACAGGUGAUUUAACACCUCUGAACCCAAAGAUCCACUUCAUUGAU